AAGGUAGUCGAUGCGUGUAUUACGCGGCCGUAUGAAUUUACAAAAUUUGCAUUUUAAAAGGCACGGUAGAGAAGGUCCGUUGCGGGAUUGUUUUCAGGGCCGCUCUGGUAAUCACGUCUGUGACGGUAAAUGGUCACGCAAGGGUGAAAAGCUACAAAACCAAACAAGAAAUUAUUGUAUUUUGAUGACGUAGGACAUGUCGACCCUUGUCUUUUCCUCGGUUUGGAGACUGUCUAAUCCCCUUUGGCGUUCAGUCAGAAAAAUGUCAGUAUGUUUCUCGUCAUCCCAAACGUCUUCGACCAAAGACAGCAUUUUUGAACGAAUACCUAGAGAGGAGCUGGUGCCGAAUAUCAGGUCGGGGCUUCGAGACAGGGAGUUCCUCUCUGGCUCUGUGGAUGGAGGUUUCCCAGAGUUCUUAGGAGUACCAGGUGACUCUUUCCCCCUAGGAUUGCGAAUCAUUAACGGGAAUCAGUUCUCUCUGGGAGAGUUGAGUGCAAAAUGUAUGGAAUACGUGCAGGAAAACAACUCUCUAAGCCCUGCGAUCGUGUUUCGCGGAUUACCUGCAAAAACGGCAGAAGAUUUCUUGACUAUAACCCAAGCUAUCAAGGGGAAACCUCUGAGUUAUGCGGGUGGUAACGUUCCUAGGCCGCGUGCUAUAGAAAACUCUGAGAUCUACCAAGCUACAACUGAAGAUCAAGCUGUAACGAUCGAAUUGCAUCAUGAAAUGGCAUAUAGUAGUUCCUUUCCAUCAAAGGUGUUCUUUUUUUGCUUGCAAGAGCCCGCAGACGGUUGUGGUGGUGAGACACCGCUGGCCAAGAGCAGCGAAAUUCUUCUCAAACUGGAUCCUGAAGUCGUGAGGAAGUUUCAAAGUAAAGGAGUGAAGUACGCAGGUUAUUGGCCCGACAAAUCUCACGCAGAAUACGCGAGCUGGCAGCAGCAGUAUUACACUGAUAAUAAAGAGGAGGCGGAAAAGAAAGCCAAGCAACUUUAUGACACGGUUGUAUGGGACGACAACGGUGAUAUGAACUGGUCCAACGUGAAGCCUGCCUUCCUUCGUCAUCCGAAAACGGGAGAAGAUAUCUGGUUUAAUCAAGUGACAAUCCACCAUCAUACCUAUCAUGACUCAUUGCCAAUGUUCAAGAGCAUCGAGCUCCCGCCCCACAAAUAUCCAUGUACGGUCUAUUAUGGAGACGGUAGCACCAUCGAGCCUGAAGUGAUCCAACACUUGAGAGCUGUGUCAUGGUCAUGCGCAGUUGGAUUUCGGUGGAGGAAGGGUGAUUUGUUAGUGUUGGAUAAUCUGACUGUUCAACACGGACGAAUCGGCUUCACAGGAAAGCGAGAAAUACUGGUGCAUUUGAUGACUAACUGAACGUCAGUGCUUACGAGAUGUUUUAUAUCAAGUCUUGAUCACGGAAAAUUUCCCAGUAUUUUGACUUUGAAUUAUUUUCUCUUUCAAUUGUAAAAGUAACAGUCAACAUAUAGAUGAUGAUUUUGAUAUCUUUGACACUCUUUUAAUUAAGCGUCGGACAGAAAUCAAAUCUUUACUGGCCGAUCAGAACGAAGGUCUGACGCUUGAUUCCUGAAGGGGACUCCCAGGUUUUUCUUUGUCCUGCGCUAGUGGUAUGACGAGUACACAUCUUUCUCGGAUGAAAUUGCACUUUCAUUUGAAAAAAAGAGAAAUCAACUACAAUUCACUUUGGUAACGAGGCAAAACCCGGGUAAUUUGGAAAAGUCGGCUUGCCUCCAAAUAUCCAGACCCGUUAACCCUUUAACUUCCAGAAGUGAUUAACACGUAACUUCUCCCUAUAGUAUUUAUACAUUAUCCAUCUAUGAGGUAGUGAGAUUAACCUAACUUAUCAGGUACAAGAUAUUAUCUUGAUUAAACACCAAAUUCUCGUAACCAAUUUACAAGGAAA